AUGCCAGUAAUUACUGCUCUCACCCCAGGUAAUUAUUUGAUCGGCCAGCCACUCUCUGCUGUUCCGGAUCCUGAUGUGCUAGCUGUACCCGACAACCGACUCCGAUACUGGCAACUUGUCCAAUCCUUUCAUCAGCGGAUCUGGAAACGGUGGCAGAUGGAGUAUCUGCAUCAGCGCGCCAAGUGGACGUCCUCAGCUCCCAACCUAAAGCUGUUAGUCAAUAAUGAAUUUCAAGAAUGGUUACAAAACCUAAGUUUGUUUUUUAAACUUUUGCUACCAGUGUUCCUUUUAUUUUUCUUCUGUGAAUAUCUAAUAUACUAUGUAGUUUUAAUCCAGUGCCACUGGCCUUCCUUGGACACUAUCAAUGAGGAACCGAACAUUGCUGUGGGUGAUGGAGGUGAAGUCAAGGUCAUGCUGCUCGCAGAUACUCAUUUGCUCGGUUCCCGGAGAGGCCACUGGUUUGACAAGCUGAGGAGGGAGUGGCAAAUGCACAGGGCGUUCCAAACUGCUAUCACACUUCAUAGGCCUGACAUCGUUUUUUUGCUGUGUGAUGUGUUCGAUGAAGGAUUAUCUUGCAGCGAUGCAGAGUUCAACGCUUACGUUCAACGAUUCCACAGCCUUUUCAGGGUUCCAACUGGGACACAGAUAUUUGUAGUCGUAGGCAAUCAUGACAUAGGAUUCCAUUAUGGUAUCAGCCCUUACCUCCAAGAAAGGUUCACUCAGGCCUUCAAUGCACCCUCAGUUCGACUCUUGAGCAUCGCAGGAAACCAUUUUGUUCUCAUCAACAGCAUGGCCAUGGAGGGGGACGGGUGCUUUCUGUGCCGUCCAGCGGAAUUACAAGUUAAUAAAAUUGCAUCAAGAUUGCAGUGUGCUAAAGGUGUUGGAAAAUGUAGGAAAGGAAUGGCUCUUAAGCAGUAUAGUAGACCCAUUUUGUUACAGCAUUUUCCGAUGUAUCGAGAGUCUGAUGCUGAGUGCAAUGAACCAGACGAGGCACCAGAAGAUGAGAAGGCCAACAAGUUCAGAGAGAGGUGGGAGUGUCUUUCGAGGGAAAGCUCGGAAAUG